AUGGACUACAACGAAGAGGGAUGGGAUGAGUUCGGCGAUCAACAUCAGCAGGAUCGGGAUGGCGCCAGGGACGACGCCGCAGACCCGUACGCCGAUGAAACGUUGGCAGCAGCUAAGACCAUAACAUCUGACGAUGAUGCACUUCGUUACGACAGUGUAAAGGAAGUAACAGUUCUUUUGCGCUCGGAGCAUAUGAGCCAGAUGUUGCAAAAGUUAAGUGAUUACAGUAAACAAGAAGAGGUAAAAAACACUAUUUUACCAGAUGAUCCCGAACAUCAGUUUGUUAUUGAUUCUAGCGCACUUGUAUUGCGUAUAGAAGUAGAAAAGAGCAAGGCGGUUGUAUAUUUACGGGCACACUAUAAUCAACGAUUCCCUGAGUUAGCGAUGUUUUUCUCUGAUGGCGUUCUCUACGCUCGUGUUGUACGUCUUAUCCAGAAUAACAUGGAUCUCUCUGUUGUGAUUGAUCAACUAGACGAGUUGGCACCAUCGCAACUCACCGCAGUGGUAAUUGCCUGUGCUUCCACAACAGCCGGGCGGGAAUUGUCCGAGGCGGAGCUCCAUCGCGUGCUGGAGGCCUGUCAGGAGAUUGAAACACUAGAAGCGGCAAAGCAGACAUUUCUGGAGUACAUCCAACGAUCUAUGCCUCUUAUUUGCCCGAAUCUCUGUGCUUUUCUCGGUACAGGCAUUACCUCGCAGCUCUUCGCCAUUGCUGGUGGUAUCCAACAACUCGCACGUAUGGAUCCUGCGCAGCUUGCAAAACUCGGUAGUACACGCGCGUCGAAUACUGGCAUCGCUCUUCGUACCACAGGCUUUCUCAGUAACUCUGACUUUGUUGUGAAUCACCCACCGCAGCUGCGGCCAAAGGCAAUGCGUCUCGUCGCAAGUACGGCCAUGACACUCGCACGUAUUGACGCCAACCGACGGGCCGCAAGUCACCAUGAGGGUGUUCGCCAGCGGGAGCAAGUGCGGUUGAAGAUGUUAUCUUGGUUGGAUCCUCCGGUGAUUCGUGGGGCGGCGAACAAUACAUAUGAACGACGGGGAAGAAAGCGACAACGGCGUCAGGCGAGGUAA